AGUCAGGCCCAUUUUUUCAGCUUAGGCCCAUUAUAAAGUGAGGCCCAUUUGUUCAACUUAGGCCCAUUAGAAAGUGAGGCCAGUACUUCUACAUCAGAGGCCGGCAGGAGGAGACGAGAAAGCUCCGUCAUCCUCAAAUGCAGUCCCUCGCCACACCACACACCAUCUCUCUUCUUCUCCCCGGCCCCGGGACCUCUCCGUCUCGUCUUUCUCCCUCUCUUCACUCCAUUGUUUUCCCCACACGAUUACGCUCUCUUUCCUAUUCUUCUCAGACGUCGAUCCUCCCCGAUGCCGGCGAUGAUUUCAUCGUCGGUGACUGUCUCGUCUACGAGGACGGCGUCUUCGAAGACCCUUACCUUGAGACGGAGGUCACUCAGGUUGCGAAGCAGAAGAGGAAUCCGCGGGGUGGGGCCAAGAGAUUAGAUGAAUCCGAGAUUGAGCCCGAGAACCUCGUGCCGGAGGAAUGGAGGGAUAUUCAGGCGGAGGUGAAUCUGACCAAGAAGGACAAGCGCAAGAUAGCGCAGGAGAUGGAGUUCGGGGUUCGGGUGGAGAAGAAGAGACAAGGGCUGAUUCCGCUGAGGAACGUCGACUUGAAUGACUUUCUGACCUACAAGGAAGCCAAGUUGGCUCAAUUGAGGCCUGUCACUCUCGAUAAACCGGGCAAUUUCUCCGACCAUGCAGCGUCAAGCGAUGGAGAGACCGCUGUAUCACCUUCCAGCGAGCGAGUGGCUCCUAAGAACCCUAGAUGGGCAGUUUACGGCAAGGGAUUCGACCACGUUGCCAAGUUCUUCAAUAGCGACAAGUACGAUCCCAGCGUCAAGAAAUCCGACGGCCCUCGAAAGCUUCUUUCAAAAGAAGAAAAGUUUAUGCUCAAUAGCCGGAAUCCUGACCUAGCAGUUGCCACAUCAAAAAAAUGGCUUCCUCUUCACACGCUGGCAGCAUCUGGAGAGUUUUAUCUGGUUGAUUCCUUGCUAAAGCACAAUCUUGAUAUCAACGCAACCGACGUGGGCGGCUUGACAGCACUUCACCGAGCAAUCAUUGGCAAAAAGCAGGCUAUUACCAACUACCUGCUGAGGGAAUCGGCAAAUCCAUUUGUUCUUGAUGACGAAGGUGCGACCUUGAUGCACUAUGCUGUGCAAACAGCAUCAGCUCCCACAAUAAAACUUCUCCUACUGUAUAACGCUGAUAUAAACGCUCAGGACAGGGACGGGUGGACUCCCCUGCACGUUGCAGUACAGGCCAGAAGAAGCGACGUUGUAAAGCUUCUUUUGAUAAAAGGGGCGGACAUAGAAGUGAAGAACAAGGAUGGGUUAACUCCGCUUGGGCUUUGCCUCUACCUUGGAAGAGAGACAAGGACAUAUGAGGUGAUGAAGAUGUUGAAAGAGUUUCCAUGUAGCAGACACAAGAAGAGAUUGAUAACAACCGAUGAAGCGAUAGAAUAGUCGUCUUAAUUGCAGCUUGAAGCACACUCACUUGUGAGAAAACCGGAAAAAACGAAGAUGGAGGCAAAGGUUAAGUGGAGUGGGUCCAGUCUCGCACUUGCUUAAAUUUGGUUUGUUGUUAAUCUUAUCCAUCGGUUUAACUGGUUUGAUGUACCUUGAGCUAGAGGAGUAAUAAUGUUGUUGUGUUGUUAUAAUCUAAAAUUAUGUAUGCAGUAGUGUCAGCGCAAUUGGAAAUUAUAGGUAGUCAAAAAUGAGGAAUUCAUGAUAUUUAAACUUGA